AUGAAAUCAUAAGAUGAAAAUAACAAUAUUGAAUUAUAAAACAACAUGAAUGAAAUAUCGAAUUAAUUUAUAUAACCUUCAUAAUAAUAUCAAACAAUAUUUAUACAAUAAUAAUAAUAAUAAUAAAAUUAAAACAUAUCUUAAAAAGAUGGAAAAAAUCAUUCUGAAAAAAAUUAAGAGAAGUCUGUUGUUGUAUUAAUUGGAAUGACUGGUUCAGGUAGAACGACUUUGUUCAAUAAAAUUUGUAAUGCUUAAGAAAAUGUAGGUGAAGGUAUGAGAUCAAUAACAAAGUAAUUUUAUGUUAAAUAAGUUUAAUAGGUAAUCUAUUCUAGGUAAAUCAGCUUAUUGUAAUGAAUUUUAUAUAAUUGAUACUCCAGGUUUAGGUACUUAAUAAAAAAAAAUUAAUCAUGCAGUAGGAAUUUGGAAUGCCAUGUAAGAAAAACCAUUAAACAAAAUUAUUAUAAUUCUAAAGUUUGAACUACUUUUUUUAAUGGUAAAAUAAUUACUCAAAUAAAUUAUAAUAUUACGUAGAUAUCGCAAUAUGGUUAUUGUUGCUGUUACUCAUUUUGAUCAAUGUAAAUAAUAAUAAAUAGAUAAAUAAAAUAUACAAAACGAGAUGAAAAAAUUUGGAAUAUAAAAUGUUUUAUUUUUUUAAUUAUAUGACUCAGGAUAGUCUAUUUGUAAUUAAAUUAAUUAAUAUUUAAUGAAUUCAAUACCAAUAUAAAUAGAAAUUACUUAAGAAGAAUUUUUAAAUUAUUUUGAUUUACUUGAUGAACCUGAAUUAGAAGAAGAUGUUUUUUAAUUAAUGGAAGAAAUAUCUAAUAUUUCUACUAAACUAAGAAAAAUGAUUUCAAAUAAAUUCAAAUUUUCAUAAUAAUUGUUUGAAUAAUCAGUAGAUGCAGAUGACAUUUAUUUUAAGGUCUAAAAUGAAAUAAAAAUAUAUACUUAAUUAUUAAUAUAAGAAAGAAAAUAAAUAAUAUAAUAAUUAAAUAAGAUAUCAAAUAAUUAAUAAUAUUAGGAAACUUUUAAUAUAGAUUGGUUUGAUUCAGUAGAAAAGUUAGUUGAAUAUUUGAUAUAGCAAGAUUGGUUUUUAGAAAUUAAAUAACUUAAUUAAUAAGCAUUAUCUUAUUUGUCAAAGAAUUAAGCUUCAAUAAUAAAUUCCUUAAAAGUUUGCUAGAAUUGUUAUUUAGUUUGGUAUUGUCAAUCUAAUAGCAAUAAUGUGCAUUAUUGUAAAAUCUCUGUUUAAGAUGAAGAUAAUAGUAUAUUUGAUGAUUAGUUUUGGACAACUAUUUAAUUAUUUAAUACUAAUGAUAUAUCAACUCUAGAGUAUUAAAAUAAAUAAUAAUAUAUUAAAGAAUACAUUAAAAAAAGAAAUAAUUAGAAUAUAAGUCAUGGUUGUGGUAAAUAGCUUGAUCUACUUUCAAUAAACCAAAAUUGUUAUGAAUAUUUUUAUCUAAGUUUGGAUUUAUUUAAUCAAUAUAGUUAAUAUUAUUUAGAAUAAAAUAAAUAUAUCGAAUUAUUGAAUCUUAUUUAGAAAGUUAAAUAGAAAGAAUCAGUUAAGUAUUUAUAAUUUUGA